CCAGUGAGAAUAUCAGACCAAAACAGGCUUGUUGGGUGGGCAGGAUAGUAAGGCUGUUGGAGAGAAAAGAAGCAGCAAAUUGUUGAGAAGAGGCUGUGGGAGAUAAAGAAUCACAUACUUCUGUUCAAAAAGAUUUCGGCGCAGCUCCAAGAGACAGAGGGACACAUGGGUCACAGCAAGGGGUAGAAGGGAACAAAAAAUACAGUUUUAUGAGAAGUAGAGGUGUUAGGAGGAGAAGUAAUCAGCCAAGCUGGGAAGAGGAGAUUGUCUCUGAACUUAGUAGUGUGGCUUGGCACAGGAGACUGAUAGUAAUAAGUAAACAGAGUUGACAACUGUAGUAACCACAGGAGCAAAGCCUGCUCAGUGACAAGGAUGAGGACUCUUCCAGAGACCUGUGACCAGGAGCAGAGAGCAGGUGCAAGGAAAGAACGAUGCCUUCAGGGGAAAAGCCUACUUCUGUGUACACUCCUUCUCAGUACUCUCCUUGGCUUUACACUGCUUAUCACCUACAUCGUGAUGACUUGUGGUCUAGGAUCCUGUGAUGCCGAGCUGGGUCUUAAACUGUUGGCCAGACUCCUGAAUUCUAGGAAUGACACUGUAGACCCCUGUGAGGAUUUCUACAAAUAUGCCUGUGGCAGCUGGGAAGGCAAACACUCAAGCAGAACCACAGAAGAAUCACUAAAUGUAUUUGAUGUGUUGUUGGAAGAAAACCAGUUGAUCCUGAAAAGGCUUUUAGAGGGCCCACAGUUUGGGAUAAGAGGCUCAGCUAAAGAGAAAGCAAUCCAGUUCUAUCGCUCCUGCAUGGAUACCCAAAGGAUAGAAUCCCAGGGAGCUCAACCAUUGAAGGACCUCCUAAAUCAGAUCGGUGGAUGGAAUAUCACAGGCAUGGGGAAAGCAAAAGAUUUUAAUGAAACUCUUCAGACUCUUAUGGGCAGAUACAGCACCUUUCCCUUUUUCAGAGUCCAUGUGGGACCUAGUCCUUCUGACCUCAAGACCAAUAUUAUUCAGAUUGACCAUCCUGAGUUUGAGAUGCCACCUGAGAGUAAAUUCAAAAAGAAAAAUUAUCUUGAGGUUCUCCGUGUGUAUCUCUCAUAUUUGAAGAAACUGGGGAGCCUACUUGGAGGGCCACAGGAUGGUCCCCCUGAUUCCUUUUCCCUUACCUUGUCCUUCAUCUCUAACCUCCAGCGAGUUGUCACCCCACUGCAGGAAAGACAGCAGAGGGGGAUGCUGUUCUUUCACACUACCAUUAGGGAGCUACAGGAAAAGGCGCCUGCUAUUGACUGGCUGUCAUGUCUCCAGGCUGUCUUCCAUCCUAUGCCACUGAACCUCUCUCAGCCAAUUGCGGUGCAUGACAUGGAUUACUUAAGAGGCAUGUCACAGCUCAUCGAACAAUGGCACAAGGAAAGGGUCCUUCACAUUUAUAUGAUUGUUUGUCUGGUUGGGAAUCUCUCCCCAGCCCUUGACAGUCAAUUCCAAGAUGCACGCCUGGAGCUAUCUAAGAUUCUUUACGGAAAACUGGGAUCUAGAAUGAUUGCAGCUGAGCGCUGGAGGAAGUGCUUGACUGAUACCACUUCUUUCUUUGAGCCAGUUCUAGGGCAGAUGAUUGUGCAAGAAAUUUUCCCUCAGCAGAGCAAGAAACUUGCUGAGCAGAUGUUCUCUGAGAUCCAAGAUGCCCUCUAUGGCCAACUGGAUCAGUUGGAGUGGAUGGAUGAACAGACUCGCCAAGAGGCUAAAGUCCUGGUUUCCAAACUACAAGUGGAGAUUGGCUAUCCAGCUCACAUACUCCAGACUGCCAAAGUGAACCUGGAAUACCAGAAUCUGGAGAUAAGUGAAGACAGUUUUUUCCUCAAUGUGGUGGCUUGCUUGAAAUUACUACGGCAAAAUUCCUACUUGAAACUCCUUCAGCAUCACUCACAGGACAACUGGCAUGUGUCCCCCUGGACUGUGCAUUCAUACUACUCAAUAAGGCACCACAUGGUGGUCUUUCCUGCUGGAAUGUUCCGCAGCCCUUUUUUCCACAUGGAGUUUCCCAGUGCUGUGAACUUUGGAGCCAUUGGGGUCUUCAUGGCGCAUGAACUUCUUCAUGCAUUCUAUGAUUAUGUGCUGCCUGGGGGCUGUCGUACAUGCAACAGGAGUGCACUACAGAAAUCUGUAGACUGCUUGGUUGAACAGUAUGAAAGCUAUGGCUUUAAGGUCAAUGGUACUUUUACACUGUUGGAAAAUACAGCUGACACUGGAGGGCUCGCCAUUGCUUACCAGGCCUAUAAGAAUUGGCUGAAAAAGCACAAAGAAGAGAAGGAUUUUCCUAAGACUGGACUUUCACACGACCAGCUUUUCUACCUCAGUUUUGCUCAUGCAAUGUGCGGACAUCAGGAUCCUGAGAAACUACAGUCUUCCCUGAACACAGAUCCGCACAGUCCCUUGCCACUUCGUGUCUGUGGGCCUGUCAGCAAUAGCCAGGACUUUGCCAAGCACUUCCACUGUUCCAGUGGAUCCCCAAUGAACCCAGACAACAAGUGCCACAUCUGGUAAUCUGCAUGGAAAAGGAGGAAGAGAGAUAUGACCCCAGGGAGAGGAAGGCCUGACCCAUGAAAGUAUGACCAUCUUCUCAGGGCCCCUAGGGUGACAUGGUGCUCUUAUUCACUCCUCUACGUUCCUUUUCUUGUUAUCCUUUCCCCAGCAGUUGAUGGUAGCAAAAUUCUUAAACUGAGCUCGUAAGGGAAGAGGCUCUCCUCCUACCCCUCUCAGCACUCUGUCCCAGAUGCGACAACUCUGGACUUCAGCAAGUCCCAAGGUAGCAAGAUAACUAGCUAGUCUCUAGUAGGCAACAACUUCUGAGGAGUUGUAAACAGGAGGACUGUUGCAUUAUUAGUCCCUCUGUUCAGUGCAUUUCUCUGUCUACUCCAGCGGCCUCACAGUCAUGUUGAAUGGACAGGGCAAUAAGGUGGAGUUCUAAGACUUGUUCAUCUAAGAUUGGCUCUUAGGAAAAUCCUAGGGAUUACUAUGCAAACCAGACAUGUAAGUUACCAGAGAGGGAAGAAUCCUCUUCUCUUCUUCUGCCAAUAAAUGGAGAUAGGUACUAGGAAAGAUUCAGUGGCUCCAGCUUCUAGGCUGAAUGAUAAGUCACCUAAUAAUGAAGGUUAUUGAAGGCCUUCCCUGUUCUGGCUUUUUUAUCAGCAAAACUCCUAAGAGAAAAAAGAGGAAAGAGAAAAGCAUCCCCGUUGGUGGGAGGGGGAUUGGGAGCUGAGAACAGAUUCUCUUUCUUCUUUCUUUUCCAGCAAGAUUGUCUUUUUCUAGUCUCUGUUUAGGGUUGAGGAUAUGGUUGAGGGUAGAGUAUGGGACAGUCACAAGGGUUUCUAGAAGUCUCUGAAGACUGAACAAUUAGAAUUCCAAGAACUUCUCUGGAUCCUGAAUCUAGUUCUCUCAUCCCUACAUUUGUAAAUAUUUAUCAUCCAAACAGAGGAACAGAGCUGCUGUAGGAUUUUACUUUCGACUUGAAAUUGAAUUUUAGGUAUUAAUUUACUUUAGAGGAAGAAGAGAGUAAGAAGUAAUAUAUUUUAGGGUAGCAGGAGAAGUUCUUAAAGCACAUUCUUAAGAGCAACCUAAUAAUUACAUCAAUUUCAGGUUCUGAUAAUUAGAAAAUUUAUACCAAUGUUCUAAAAUUUACCAAAGUUAAUAAGUAUACAAAAUACUCCUACCUUCUGCAUACUCUUCAAACUGUUCUUGAUUAUGGGAGCAUUUUUAUUUUACUUAUUAUAUUGGCUGCCUGGGGAUUGGUUGUGGAAUAGGUGAUGGCAAGUGGAAACAUCCCUUAUCAAUCUAAGCAUUGUAAAAAUUGUGAAAAUCCUAAAAACUGUGUUAAUUCUUUCCAAGUACUGACCAGUACAGCAAAACAUUUCCCAAGAACAGACUGUUCAGAGAUUUUGUUUUCAUUAAUUAACUAAAAUACUAAUAAAGUGUUUGCUUCAGAGAAAAACAUUACUUUGAUUGCAAACUCUUUAUUACCAGGCCUGUUUCUUUCCUCUGUAUUUGUACUGUUCCCAGCAUGACUGGAGUUCUAGCUGAACUUCACAAGUAAUAAAUAAUAGACCUCAAAAUAAUUUAUUUACCCAUCAUAAAAAAUAACACAAUUGGGCUUGUGCUUAUCUUUACCAUUUAAAUAAUGGUAUACUCUUCCUCCAUUUGUUUAAUCAAUUUUGUCCUAGCAGCGUGUCCAGACUGUCUUUCUUUUAUAUGCUAAUAGCAAUUAACAUUGUACCAGACCUUGUGUGUAAUAUAGAAGUUAUUUCAAUGUACUGAAACUACUUGGCUUCUUUGUUUAUAAUGUAUAGAAUAAGCAAAAGCUAUUGACAAUCUGCCUUUUGAGAAGCCUUUACCUUUUCUUGUAUCUGUCUUGUUAAGUGUAUGGGGGGGACAGUUCCCUGGAAUAUGCAAUUUUUUCUUGUUCUUACAAUGUAUGAUGAAUUUAUGAAAACUCUGUUUAACAGGAUCACCCUUGAAGUUGGUGAGUUGAAUCAAUUCUUAUUACUAAUUAUGAUGUUUUUACACAAAGAACAUAUGGGAAGUGCAAGAAAGGAGGUCUGGCUUAGAAAAAAAUUGCAUGAGUCUUGGACUGAGAAUUUAUUGUGUUUCUAAAGGAGAGAACGAAACUCUUUCAGUAUGUGCACAAGGUCCCUGCCCUUGUCCUCAGUGUUGCAAGUUCCCUGGGAUGUGGUUGGUGAAGAGAAGCCAUGCUGCCUAGUAGGUGAUCAUGAAACACAGGUAGAUGUUCAAACUGUAUGAUCCAUGACCAUAGAAAUUAUUUAAUGCUUUAUGUCACAUAUAAAAAAAAGAGCACAACACUGCCAGUGUUCAGGGAAAGAGACAGAUCCAACAGCAGAUCCUUCACCGCUGAAUUCCUCAGUCUCUGUGAGUCCUCCUGCUGUACCAUGUUGAUCACCUCCAUUCCUUCCCCUGUUGAUAAGGCCACAAAUGUUUCCUCCAUUUGCUCCCAGCCUGUAACGGGGGGUGGGUGGGAACAACAAAAGCUUUCUUCUUGUCCUCUUCUUUCAUACUUGGAUCCUUUUCACCUCUGCUUCCCUCUCUCUUUUCUCUCCCUGCUUUCUAAACUUUCAACUCCAGUUCACCCUUACUGUGUGUCCAUUUUCUCCUUCAUACUAAGCAGCUUUUCAUUCAUGGCCCUUCCCACUCUCUGCUUCCCUUGUCCUAUUCGUGUUUCUACUCUUCCUCAUUCAGUGUAUAUUCCUCUAUGCUCACCCUCCCCAUAGCAUCCUCAUAAUUCCCAAGUGUGUUUUCUUAAUGUGUAUGGAUGCCAGUGUGCAAACCUGCCCUAAACUUCUCCCCUUUGCCCUGCUAAGUGCAUGCAAUUGCAGCAGUGUGGUAAGUGGUUAUCCAGGAAGGGGAGACCAUCCUUAUUGGUAUUUUACAAGGGGAACUGAGGUACAGAGAAGCAAGGCAUUGGAAGAACUGGGGACUGGAAUCUGGACUCCUGUGGUUUGACACUUGCAGGAUUUUUUUCUUUUCCCUUCUUUUCUCAACACAAUCUUUCCCAUUCUCUUGUUACAAAUGUGUCUUUCUUCCAUUGAUUUUCUCUUCCCUCAUUUUCUCCCUCAUGCAUUUGGCCAAUUUCCCCACUUACUUCUAAACACACUUCCUCCCUGACUGUUGCCUAUCUUGCUUUCUCUCUUCCCAUGCUGGCUCUACUUCUCAGACUUACUCUCCCCGAAUUGCUGCACAUGGGUUGUUUCCUGGGUAUGCUGUGUGCUGUGAUAAUGUCUCAUUUUUCCUCUUCAAUUAUAUUGCUGCAUGACAGACAGGAGAAAAGUGUCCAGUAGAGCAGAGACAGAAGGAGGGAAGAGGAAAGAGAAGCGUGGCUCAGACACUCCCCAGGAAACAGUACUUGAAUGGCCAGCAUGUCACAAGCUCUAAUUUUUUUUUUUUUUUUUUUUUUUUAAGAGGGAUCUAUUGUCAGGUUGAGAGGAACUGAUCACUUCAGAAAAGGUUGCAGAUCUUGAAGUGAGCCACAGCUCCAAAGACCGCAGAUGAGGGUCAGAAGCCAUUGUCUUUUCCAGUGCACAGCCAGUCAGUUUUUUUCAGGAAUUAGGGGCAGUGAUUACUGACUUGCCACAGGGCAUUUGAAGUCAUUUUAGAUAUUGCUCUCUCAAGCAGUAUUUUGAUUUUUAGAGGGAGUUGUGUGUUAGGUACACUUGCUUCUUAUUGCAGGUAGGAUCUUUUAAGAAUUUAUCUUCUCCUUAGAAAGUUUUAACUCUUGCCUCUAAGAUUCUUACAGGUUUUCUGGCUUCCUGGUUCCACCAGGAAGCUUGGCUUGGAACAAAGUGCCUGCUUCCUUAUGGCUCCAUUUUGAGAAACCACCAGUUUCUGGGCAAAGAACUUUACUGUUAGACUACAUCCCAUCAAGUAAUAGUAGGAGAGGUGGCAUGAGAAAGACUGCAACCACAGUGGCAAAUGUGACUGUCUCUCAGAACAUUGUACAAGGCAAGUACAGAGCACAAUGAAAUAUAUAAGCGCAUUGCUUAUAUGAAUAAGAGAGUUCUUGCCUGAAAAAGGCCUUUUGAAAUCUUUUAUUUUGGAAAUCACUUUCUCCUCACUCUCCUUCCUUUGUGUCUUCUUCCUUUUCUCCUUUCCUGUACUUUUCCAUUACAAGAGUCAUCCCAGAUUCAUUCUUCCAUCUUUUCAGGGCCAUGACUGCAGUAAUAGGCUUUAAUGGCCCUUACCAGCGUCGGCUGGAGCCUUCACCUCCAUCCUCUGCCCAUGGGUCCAGGACCUUCAUUUAAGCUCAGGCCUGGAUCCCCAGUCUCUAGUUGUGGUCUGUUGCAAGUAUAUGCCUCGCUCCAGCUCCAGCUCCAUCACAGCUGUGCCUGGCCAUGGACCCUGUUAUUCUGGAUCUUGACCUACAAAUUCCCUAUUAUGAUAUAUGAUCCCUUCCAAGUGACCACCCUGGCCUUUGGGUGCUGCCCCCAGGAUUCUGAAUGAAGCCCCCUGCCCUCCUGGCUGCCCAGCCUCUGGUGCUCCCCAGGGGUGGCCUGGACCUUUCUUUUUAAGCCCACUGAGCCUCCAAAGCUCCCCAUGGGCAACCCGAUCCAUACCCCAACCCCCUUCCCCAGGCUUUAAGCUCCCCUGGAGAUGCCCAUUUCCCAGUCUCUCAUCCCUUUCCUGGCUGUUUGCCUUUGGAAAUUGCCCUGCAGCAUCCCAUAGGGAUUAAAUUACUCUACAGCAUGUCCAUUCUGAACCCAGAUCUCCAUAGGGUGUGAAGGGGGCCUGGUGCCAGGGCCAUGAGUGAACAGAGGCUUUAAUGGCCCAGACCAGCCUCCUCCCACAUCCUCUGCCCCAUUUCAGUGUAGGGCUGGGCAGUUACUGGGCUGUGUCUGACCCUGGUUACUGUUGCUGCAUCUGAUCCUGACACUGACUGGCAUUCCUCCUUGAACUUGGACCUGUCUCAUCAUCACGGACUUCCCUGGUGAUCUCUUGUCUGACCCUGACUACCGUCCCCAGGGCCAUCCUGCUUGUCCUGCUCGGGGCUGUGGGGACCGGGCCCUGGCAAGCGAGGCCCCUGCCGUGCUGGCCUUGUUAUCACACUCAGUUGCUGGCUCCCUCUUCCUUAGGGACCAUCUGACCCCCACUGCCCCUUGACGCGUAUCUUUUCAUUCCUCUUUUGCCUAUGUCUUUGCCAAACCAAGCUUCUGUGUCCAUACCGCAUCUCAUUUAUUUGCUCUCCGAGCCCCCUCUUUCUCAUCCUCUCGCUUCAACCCAUCCUCUCACCUGCUGACAGGCUGUUUCCCUCUUGCUGUCCAUUCUCGGCUGUGUGAAUCAUGGUCUGGCGCUUCAGUGGUGUGAAGGCGUUAGAGAAGACUCGGCAGUAAGUGGCCAGGAACACAGCCACCAGAUAGAUGGUAAAUCCCAGGGAAACUGUCAGGGUUGGAUUACCCCCCAUCCAGUUCUCCUGUCCAGCACAAGACACUUUUGCUCCUCACCCCUUUUCAGCUAACGGAGUCAGGAUUUCCCUGGCACCACAGUCUUACUCGGGGCACAUUGUGACAUCACUGGGCUCAUCUGAAAUACAAAGUCAUAUGCUGUUAGGCAGAAACACUGUGGACUUCACGUCAUAUGUAGCUAACAACACCCUAAAGCAUGAAAAGAGAAGAGUGCGGAAGAUUUUGGGAAUCAAUGAGAGUAUGUCUCUGCUCAAAGUUAAAAAGAAAUAGAAUGAAAGGGAUAGGAUCAUAACAAUAGGACACCAUCUGAUGUGAAAAAUCACACUUAAUCCUGGACAUUUCUGUAGUCUUACAAGUAGUGCUCACAAGUAACUGACUGAAACUGGACAAAAAGAUUUUAUAAGAUUGGUGCAAGUGGAGGGGAAAGGAAAAUGUAAUGACUUUCUCACUUCAGUCCUUAACCAAUUAUUAGUAUUUUGUGCUGUUUGGCUCACACAGCCUCUGUGAAUAGAAAUAAAUUUU